AUGCUCAUAUCGGCUGCUGCUCAGCCGUUGCGCGGUUCCACGCCCAGCUUCAUCCGAAUUGCUCGACACCACGCUUUUCGUCGUCAUGCUUUGCGCGCUCAUGUCCGAUGGCUGGCUGCUGCCGCCGACAACGUCAAAUCGAACCCGAAGGGCACACUUGCACUGCCCUCCGAAGCUCGAUAUAACGAGAUAGGCGUCCAGCAACUCAGCUCUCACAUAUUUGAUCAGAUUUUCCCUGAUGGUCUCAAACCUCCACCACAAGAGCUGGUCGAGUUAUCGAGAGACCAUCUAAGGCGCCAUGACUUGCUUGGAAAGAAUACCGAUAAAUCCGAACCCAUAGCUUUCGAUCUUCCCCCUCUCCAAGGGCGCACACUAGACGAACAUUUUCACAAACUCGGACUAGAUUGCGCCGAACCGUAUCUGGCAUAUGCAAAAGAGUUCGCCCGCGCCAAUCCACCACCAAAGCCUCGAAAAUGGAUACAUCAAAGCGGUUGGACGAAAUAUUACCCCGAUGGUCAGACCGAAAAAGUCGAUGCUCCUGAUGAAGAGAUGUUGUCGUUUGACACGGAAGUUAUGUGGAAAGUCAGCCCCUUUGCUGUGAUGGCCUGCGCUUCCAGCCCGACUGCCUGGUAUGCGUGGCUUUCGCCGUGGCUGCUAAUGGAGACCACCAAUGAUCGACAAUUGAUUCCAUUAGGCGACCCGAAUAAGGCCAAAAUUAUUGUUGGACACAACGUUGGCUUCGACCGAGCGCGGGUAUUGGAGGAGUAUAGUGUCAAGCAGACUCGAAAUGCCUUUCUCGACACAAUGUCGCUCCACGUCGCUGUAAACGGUAUGUGCUCUCAACAGCGGCCUACCUGGAUGAGACAUAAAAAGAAUCGAGAACUACGGGAUCAAGUUGCGAGCAAGACUCCGGACCAUGAUUUAGCGGUAUUGAUGACCAGUGGUAUGCAUGAUGAAGAAGAGCUCUGGGUUGAACGAAGUUCCGUUAACUCUCUCCGUGACGUCGCCAAGUUUCACCUCAAUAUUUCGAUUGACAAAGCUCUUCGCGACGACUUCAGCGAAUUGGACCGGGAAAGGAUCCUGGAGAGACUAGACCAGCUUCUGGACUAUUGCGCUGCCGACGUGUCAGUCACUCAUCGUAUUUACCAGAUUGUUCUCCCCAACUUUCUAGAGACCUGUCCACACCCUGUCAGUUUCGCAGCCCUCCGGCACCUUUCGUCCGUCAUUCUUCCUGUUGAUAAGUCGUGGGAUGCGUAUAUCACCAAUGCCGAAGCUACCUACCACAAGCUCAAUGACGCCGUUGAGGAACGACUUAUUGGUCUUACUGAUAAGGCGUUGGAGAUCAAGGACGAGCCUGAGGCGUACACAAAUGACCCCUGGAUGCAGCAACUCGACUGGUCAGGUCAAGAGAUCAAAAUGGUCAAAGGCAAGCGGAAGCACGACCCCCCAAGACCUGCAGCUAGGCAGAAGAAACCGGGUAUGCCCAAGUGGUACAAGGACCUGUUUCAAUCCAACGAUGCCCCUAUCAACAUCACUGUUCGAACGCGAAUCGCUCCUCUGUUACUAAGACUAGCUUGGGACGGGCACCCGCUAUUCUGGUCUGACAAAUAUGGUUGGUCAUUUCGCGUACCACGAGUGGAAGCCUCGAAAUAUGCAGCCAAACAAAUGGUCGAAUGCAAGUUCGACGAGAAAGAGAUCCAUCUACGUGAUGACCAUGCCCAUACCUACUUCAAACUCCCUCAUAAGGAUGGCCCGACGGCUCGCUGUGCGAACCCAAUGGCAAAGGGCUAUCUGGCUUACUUUGAGAGCGGCGUUUUGUCCUCCGAGUACUCAUAUGCUAAGGAGGCUUUGGAAAUGAACGCAUCAUGUUCUUAUUGGAUCAGUGCAAGGGACCGCAUCAAAUCUCAAAUGGUUAUCUAUCAAGAGGACCUUCCGCAUGACAUGCAAGCUGAGACUGGGCACGAAGGCGAGAAGCCCAGUACUAACGGCUUUAUCUUACCACAAAUCAUCCCAAUGGGUACUAUAACUCGCAGAGCAGUGGAGAAUACCUGGCUUACCGCUAGUAAUGCCAAGAAGAAUCGAGUGGGCUCUGAGCUCAAGGCAAUGGUGAAGGCGCCUGAAGGCUACUGCUUUGUGGGAGCAGAUGUUGAUUCGGAGGAGCUUUGGAUUGCCAGCCUUGUCGGCGACGCAACCUUCAAGCUUCACGGCGGAAAUGCUGUUGGGUUCAUGACCUUGGAAGGCACAAAGGCUGCCGGCACCGAUCUUCAUUCGCGAACCGCUUCGAUUCUUGGCAUUACCAGGAACGAUGCCAAAGUUUUCAAUUAUGGUCGGAUCUAUGGCGCUGGCCUGAAGUUCGCAGCGACUUUGUUACGGCAGUUUAACCCCAAUCUGUCGGAAAAGGAGACACUGGAGACGGCUUCGAAACUAUAUGCCAAUACUAAAGGCACCAAGACCAACCGCAAGGUGCUCUACAAACGACCCUUUUGGAGAGGCGGCACCGAGUCAUUUGUCUUCAACAAGUUAGAAGAAUUCGCCGAGCAAGACAAGGCAAGGACGCCAGUAUUGGGAGCUGGCAUCACUGAAGCUCUUAUGGGACGAUACAUCAGCAAAGGUGGUUAUCUAACAUCGAGAAUCAACUGGGCUAUCCAAUCAUCAGGUGUUGACUACCUCCAUCUGCUCAUCGUUUCCAUGGACUACCUGAUCCGCAGGUUCAACAUUGAUGCUCGGCUUGCUAUCACAGUUCACGACGAAAUUCGCUAUCUAGUCAAGGAUACGGACAAAUACCGCACUGCACUUGCUCUGCAGGUCGCCAACCUGUGGACCCGUGCCAUGUUCUCUCAGCAGGUCGGCAUUGAGGACCUUCCUCAGUCAUGUGCUUAUUUCUCUGCUGUGGACAUUGACCAUGUGUUGCGCAAAGAAGUGGACAUGGAGUGCAUCACGCCGAGCCACCCAACCCCUAUUUCCCCUGGAGAAAGUAUGGACAUUAGCACACUUCUGGAGAAGGGAGAAAUUGCAAGACUAGAUCCUGAUAUCGUUCCGGAUGCAAAGCAUGCUCCCAGACUAGAUCAGAUCGAGUAUACUCCCCGAGUACCUAUUAUGCAGGGUAUUCAGGAGUCAGCACAAGAAACAAUCCCCUUCCUCAAGGCCCAAAUCGUCAGCGACGACGCAGAACUUCGAGAAAUUGUCAAAGACGUCCAGAAAGCCAAACUAGCUGCAGCGCCGAAGAAAGACAAGCCGUUAAGUAGGAGAGAAUUGCAGAGUGUGUUACCUUACAGAGCAUACCCGAGACUGGUUCCGAUGGAAGAACCUGUCUCUGUAUCGGAGGCCCUGAAAGUCAAACCCGACGCCUACGAGAACAGAAAAAUGACAUGGCCGAAAUACUCGGGCAAGAGCUGGAGCCAAAACUCGAGGAUGUAA